AUGGAGGAAGGAAAGGCAAAGUGUCACAUCAAACUGAAGAAGAGCGAUCAGAAGAAUAGCAGCAGGAAGAGGAAGACACUAAACGUGUUUGAAGGGUCACAUUAUAGCCAGGACGAGGGGAAAGAUAUAAAUGAGACAGAGGAAUGGACAUCUUCCAGAGCACAGAAAAUUAGGGGCAUAAGAAAUGGACAAGUUAUAGCUGAGCCAAGGAACGAUUUGGAGAAACAAGCCGAUUCCGCAACAUCUCAUUUUAUUCGUUCCCUACAGGAGAAGCUUGAGCGAGUUCAAAAUAAGAAGAAGAUUGUUUAUUUGAAUUUUCCUAAAAAGAGGAAAUCCAGGUUAAGUGCGAAACACUCUGAUGGGGAACCUGUCCUAGUUAGCAGCUCGGAGGCUAAGAACGUGGGUGCAGGCCGAAUGGAGGAGGAAGGACCUAACGAGAUGUCAGCAGGUUCCUCGGAUGGACGGGACUCAAAUGAUGAUUCGCUGGAAGCGGAGGACUCAGCUGGAUUAGAAGCGGACGUCGGAUUAGCAACGGAUGACGAUCUAGCCGCCAACGGCGACCUCGCCGCGAACGACGAACUGACGGCCGACUUCCACCAUGACGCAACCCAGCGAGGGAACGCGCAGAGGUACCACAUCUCAGAGGAGAGCCUGACGUAUAAGAGGAAACUCUUCCUGGAAAAAUUCAACAGAAACGAAAAGGACUCCAUUUUUAAAAAUGAAAUGAACAUGUACACAGAUUUCGAUGACCAUCACAUAAAAGUGGAAAAUUACGGGAAACGUAUUCUCAGCAAAAUGGGAUUCAACGAAGAGGUCUACAAUAAGUACAUAAAUCAGUACUACCAGGAACGUAGCGACAAGAACUACUUCGAUAGGAUAUAUGACUCCUUCCAGUCUCGGGAGUUUCGAUUCACGGGUGUGGGCGCGGAGGAAGAGAUGAGGGAGAAUCUGCAGCGGAUUAGGGGUAGCGAGGGGAACAGAAGUAAAGGCGGAACUAAGAGCAGAAGUAGGAGCGGAAGUAGAAGCAGAAGUAAGAGCGGAAGUAACCGCAGAAGUGGGAGCAGGCAGCAAGGUGAUAAGCCCCGUGACGGGGCCCAAAGGAGCAAAGGUAAAGAGGAAGACCCACACGGAGCCACCUGUGCGGACCCCAGCCCGAGUGACAACACGGAUAACCUAUUCGAAGGACUUAUUGUGAAAAUUAAUUUAAAGACUCAUGAAUUUUACAAACGGAGGGGGGUCAUAGUAUACACCAGAGGGAGGAGCAGAUGCGGAAGGAAAAACAGUGGGAUGAACACUGGGGGGGCGGACCAAUCCAGGUGCAUCCUUGGCUUACUGCUUUUUAGAAGCCACAAAUAUAUUCAUCUGUACAAAAAAAUGGUUAAAAAAAAGAUAAAGGACUACCUGUCGUGGAAGGCUGACAGAGCAGGGACAGACAACACAAGGGAAUACGACAUUGGAGAGGACCACCUUGCAGACGACUCCAGUGUGGACAGUCGCCAAAACGAGAGGAAACAAUUUUGGGAAGUUUUCCUUAAACAACUCCUAAGAGAGAUCAAACUUGACAGGAAGGACGAGCACCGGGUCAGGAAUAACGAAUCGAAACAACCAUUUCACCUUACCGAAGUGAAGUCGAAAUAUGUCGAAACGAGCAUCACGGAGGACACGGUCAAAUGUAAGGUCGUCGGGAGAAGUAUCUGCCUCUCCAAGGGAUCCAUAUCUUUGUAUAAACAGACCGUGAAGCUGAAGAAGAUCAGGGGUGAUCACGCACACGUCCAAGUCGAGGGAGGGCACCUCUUGAGGCUCUCCUUGGACGACAUUUGCCAAUACAUAAGCCACGUGUGA